GAUCGAUCGGAUCCAGAUGGGAGGUUGCGUUUCUUCUUGUAGAUCCUCGUCAUCGUCGAAGUCGCCGUCCUCGUCUGCGUUUAAGAAUAAUGUUCGUGUCGUUCAUCUCAACGGCUACGUGGAAGACUUUCUGGAGCCAGUUUCAGUGAGACAACUCACCGGCGAUCCUCCGAAGCACAUCGUUUGUACGACGCUUCACCUUCUGGCGUCGUCGGGGACGCCGUUGAAGGCUGACGUGCGGCUCCAGCCAGGGGAGGUUUACUUUAAGCUACCGUGCUCCGUCCUGCAGGCGGAUGUUUCUCCUGUCGACUUGGCCUCCCUCGCCAAGCGGCUCACUGCCAUAGCUAAAACAACUACGAGUACUGUGAGCUUAGCCGAAGAGGAAAAUGGAAAGCCGCCGCGGCUUGGCGGCGGCGUCCCUCUGGCGAGUCACCUGGGUUGA